GCGUGCCCGCCUCGUCCCCGCCCACCUCGCGGGAGUAGGUGGGAGCGCCGGUAGGGGCGGAGCGGAGCGCGCCUGCGCAGUGAGGCGGCGGGGGCGGCUGCGCGGCGGGGCGGGGCCGCUGCCCGUCGGUUGUUGUAGUAACGGGGAAGCGGCGGGAGGGGCCCGGGCUGCCUGGUGCGCCCGGCCCGGCGCGGCCCGGCCCUGCGGGGGCAGGUAACUGCUCUUGCAACUAGGACUGGGCUGUAUGAAAACUCCCAAAGGAAAUGCCAGUUGGGAUGGCUAAAGAUCUGGAGGAAACUGGCUCAUCCUCAGAGGAGGAAGAGGAUGCUGUAGGUGCCCUGGAGGGUCAUCCAUGUAUCAAGUGGACAGGUGGUGGCUGCAGGCGGGUUCCUGUCUUGGUGUUUCAUGCUGAAGCCAUUCUGGCUAAGGACAGCUACCUCCGUCUAAUUGGAGGUGCAGACUCUAAUCCUGUGUCUCUCUGCCUCCUCCCAGAGCACUUCCACAUGUCCUAUAAGAUUGUGCGGACAGACAGCCGGCUGGUUCGGAGCAUUCUGACUGCCCAUGGAUUCCACGAGGUUCACCCUAAUAGCAGUGAUUAUAAUCUCAUGUGGACAGGAUCACACUUGAAGCCCUGCUUGCUGCGUUCCCUUACGGAUGUUCAGAAAGUCAACCAUUUCCCUAGGUCAUAUGAACUGACACGAAAGGACAGACUGUACAAGAAUGUCUGCCGAAUGCAGCUCACCCAUGGGUUCAAGACAUUCCAUAUCUUACCUCAGACCUUCAUCCUCCCAACAGAGUACCAGGAGUUCUGCAAUACCUAUUCUAAGGACAGAGGCCCGUGGAUAGUGAAGCCUGUGGCCUCUUCCAGAGGUCGAGGUGUCUACCUGAUCAAUAAUCCAAACCAAAUUGUAGUGGAAGACAACAUCUUGGUGUCUCGUUACAUCAGCAAUCCCUUGCUCAUAGAUGAUUUCAAGUUCGAUGUGCGUCUCUAUGUUCUGGUUACAUCCUAUGAUCCCCUCGUUGUCUAUCUCUACGAGGAAGGAUUGGCCAGAUUUGCCACAGUGAGGUAUGACCAGGCAUCCAAGAACAUUAAAAACCAGUUCAUGCAUCUGACCAACUACAGUGUCAACAAGAAGAGUGGAGAUUAUGUCAGCUGUGAUGAUCCUGAAGUAGAAGAUUAUGGAAACAAGUGGAGCAUGAGUGCAAUGCUGAGGUACUUAAAACAAGAGGGGAGAGACACUGCAGGUCUGCUGGGAGUAACUGCAUCUGCAGAGCAGAAGCCAGCACUGAUGGCCAGCGUGGAGGACCUGAUUAUUAAGACUCUAGUUUCUGCUGAGCUGUCCAUUGCAUCAGCUUGUAAAAGUUUUCUUUCACAUCGUGGCAGCUGCUUCGAGCUGUAUGGUUUUGAUGUUCUUAUUGAUGACACUCUGAAACCCUGGCUGUUGGAAGUGAACCUGUCCCCAUCACUGGCCUGUGAUGCUCCUUUGGACCUGAAGAUCAAAGCUAGCAUGCUUUCAGAUAUGUUCACUCUUGUAGGCUUUGUAUGCCAGGACCCAGGCCAGCGGUCAAGCCGGACCAUUUAUCAUUCGUCUGAAUCUGUCAGAAGAAAUCCAUACCAGAAGCUGCAGCGUCCUGUGUCUGCACAGUCACAAAGAGCAAACGGCAGAUCACAUACCCGUCCUCUGUCUGCCGGCGAUGCUGAAGUUAAAAGCUCGAUGCCCUUAGGCAGGGAAAAGGCAGCAGCAAGACACAGCAACUCUAUGCUAGGCCUCUCCAUGGAGGAGAUCAAAGUUCUUCGGCGAGUGAGAGAGGAAAAUGAACGGAGAGGAGGCUUCAUCCGGAUAUUCCCUACCCCCUUAACAUGGGACCUUUAUGGAUCUUUUCUAGAGCACAAGACAUCGAUGAACUACAUGCUGGCUACACAUCUGUUUAAGGACAGGAGCAAGAUGAAAAGAGAGUUCAUCACACGGAGAUCUCGAGCAGGUCUCCAUGGAAGGUCAGAUAUGAGGAUGGAAGCUGUGGGCUCUCAUGCUCUCUUUUAUGAGAGGAAGCUUGUUUCACUGGAGUUACGGAAGCGGCGGCGCUACCAUGGCAAGGUUGGAGCAGCGCAAGCAAGAGCAUCAGGCACAUCAGAACCAUCAAAGCUGUCCCUCAAGUCAGACACGGAAGGUGAGGAGGAGGAGGAGAUGGAUGAGGAUGAAGAUGAAGACGUAGAUAGAAGUGUUUGCUCUCUUUUGGACACCCAGGUGAAAAAUAAGCCAAAGCUCUCUGACUCAGUGAAAACUGUUUGUAAGGAAAAGUUACCAAAAAAACAUAACAAAAAAACUGGAGAUGGAGAAAAGCUGUUUCUGCAAAAACCAGACUCAAAAUCUCAGUUUAACUUGCUUCAGAUUCUUCAAAAUCAAGGAAACUUGAGCAAAGUACAAGCUCGUACAGCUUUCUCUGCCUAUCUACGGCACGUUCAGCUCCGACUGGUGAAGGAGGCUGGCGAGCAGAUCCAAAAUCCUGCCUGGGCUGCCAAAGAGGAUGAGCAAAUGGACCUCAUCAUCCGCUUUCUGAAGCGAGCUGCCAGCAACCUGCGUCCGUCUCUGAGGCUGCUGCUCCCCAGCCGUCACGUAGGACUGACCGAUCGGCGGCGAAUCCUGGCUCGCCAGCUGGGCGAGUUCAUCAUCUGUUACAACAAGGAAACAGAGCUGAUGGUUCAGAAACAAUCGAAAAAGAAAGAGGAAGAGGAGGAGGGAGUGAAUCCUAAAGAUUUUCAGAACUUCAUUGCCAGGGCAAGUGAAAGUGACCUGGAGGAAGUACUGACAUUCUACACACACAAAAACAAAUCAGCAAGUGUCUUCCUAGGAACAAAAUCCACAACCACAAAACCCAGCAACAGCAGUCACCAGUUAGAGAAGCAGCCCCAAGGUGAGCAUCCUGAGAUGGUGAAAAAAAUAAAAGAUGAUCAUCUCAAAAGUUCAGUUGCAGAUUUGUCUGCAGAAGGAGCACUAAAAGGCUGUAAACCCAAAGAAGCUAAAUCAAGCUUUCCAGAAGGACUCACCUUCUCCUUAAAUGCUGAAGGGAAAUUACCUCAAUGCAGUCCUCCUGGUGCUUCUUCCUCUGUUCCUGGUGCCACGUUGCAGAGAAGUACCAGUUCUUGGAUGCCAUCUCAGCCUCCAGCCUCUGAAAAUCCAAAGGUGUCUGCUCAGCCUUCAUUGCCGGCUCCUCCAGCUGGUCCCAGACUGAUUCAGUCCCCACCCCCACUACACUCCUUGCAGAGCACAGCUCCUGACAGCUCUUCUGUCCUCACAAACCCAGUGUCCACUGAGACUUGUAGCCUUGCAGGGUUACAUCGUCGUUCUGGUAACUACGCCAUCGGCCCAUUCUCAUCUUUUCAGAGAGCUGUUCAGAUCUACAGCCAAAGAUUGUCCCAGAUACCUUCUGCAAAAGUAGGUCUCUGUCGCAGUUCAAGCAGGCCGUGUGUGGGCUCAGCCAGGAUGCACAAAGAUGCAGAGCAUCCUGCCCAGGGCAAACGUCAUGGGCCUGCUGUGGCAGCAGCAGAACUGCAGCAGUUGGCAGAAAAGCAAGCAGCCUGCCAGUAUUCCCCACCAAGCCACGUCAGUCUCGUUACACAGCAGUUAACAAACCUGGACUUGGCAAGUGGAGCUGUAAGCAAGGGGAAUGCAGCUGCCCCACAGAGCUACUGGUCACCACUCAAAAAAAGAGGGUCACUGUGGCCUGUUCAGUCAGACACUCAUAGAGAUGACAAAAGAUCUGUCUCUUCAGCAGUCAGGAGUGUGUCCAGAGAAGGGCAAUUGAGCUGGUGAAGGGUCUGGAGACCAAGUCUUGUGUGAAGCAGCUAAGGGAGCUGAGGUUGUUUAUCCUGGAGAAAAGGAGUCUUGGGGAGUGGGGGGCACAUUAUUGCUCUGUACUACCCCUUCCAAGGAAGUUGUAGCAAGGUGUGUGUUCAUCUCUUCUCUUAAAUAAGAAGCUAUAGGACAUGAGGAAAUGACCUCAAGUUCCAUCAGGGGAAGUUUAGAUUAGAUAUUAGGAAAAAUUUAUUCACCAAAAGGGUUGUAAAGUAUUGGAACAGGCCACGUAGGGAGGUGGUGGAGUCACCUGAGGGUUUUUAAUACAUGUGUAGAUGUGGUACUUAGGGACAUGUUUUAAUGGUGGACUUGGUAGUGUUAAGGUUAACAGCUGGACUUGUGGAUCUUAAAAGGAGGAUCCUUUCCAGCAUAAAGAAUUCUGUGAUUCUGACGGCUUAGUAAUGGUUUAUCUCAGGUCUAGAAACCAGCCCUAUGAAAAUAGCUGUGUUCCCAGAGCUGUCAGGUUCAUGGUGAAAUAAGGACAUAGAUGAACACGAUGGAUGAGAAGGAAAUGUCUGUUUUUCCUUGAUCAUUUCUCAUCCCUGCAUCUGUAAGUUUAGGUUUGCUGGCAUUGAGACACAUAUGCAGAAUGCAAACUUAGACCUGAUGCUGCAGAAAUCUCCAGUAAGUCCUCAUCUUCAUGCUUUUUCCUUGAAUAUCAGCUGUAGAUUGUUCAAACAUAGAGCAGUGUUUAUCAGAGUUUCUUUUCCAGAUGUCUUCUUUAUAUUCUAUAUUAAUUUUGGGCAUUGGAAUUUAUACUUAUGGCUUAUACACUCCUGGGAAUCAGGGCAGAGGACUGAUUGUACAGAAAACUAUUCUUCCUGUGAUUCAAAGAGCAGCAAGAUUUCCUUGCAAGAAUCUGAAUCUUGGAAGCUAGGAACAAGGUAAACUUGCUGCAGUUACUAGGCUGGAGUACAGGCUCAAGACUGCUGGAGAUUGGAGUUAUUCCUUUGCUACUUCAAUAAAUAAUAUUGAGUCCUUUGCCUAAGUGUUCAUUUUUGUCUUCUAAAACACGAUAAUAAAGCAGAGCUUCUCCAAGACAUGAAUUUAGGUCUGGAAAGCACUAUGUACAUGAAAAUACUGAUUUUUAUCACUGGUGCCUGAAUGCUACUGGAAGAUGGAGAGAAGUGAGAGAGGGAGAAACACAGUGCAGAAGGCAUGUGAUCUGAGUGGUGAUCCUUUCCCAAAUGGUUCCUUCAAUAGAAAGAUUGUAAUGGGAUUUGGAAAGCUCAAGUAAAAUUGUUCUUAUUUCAUCAGUCACUACUUUUCGUACUGCCUCAAGAAGAGGAAUGUGAGAAAUGAAUUCCUGGCCCAUUUCUGUUCCAGCACAAUGUUUGCCUCAGGGGUUUAAAGUUAUUGAGAGAAGUGAUGGUGAUUCUGCUCUUGGACCCCAUCCAAGCAAGCUAUUACCUAGUCCAAAUACAGAACCUAUCCAGCAGGUGUAAAUUGCCUUCCCCUCCUACAUGGCUUGGGAGAACAGCAGCAUGCAGGCUGUCCUAGAGCUUCCAUUCCCUUUUCAGCUGUUUGCACCUUUGCGCGGACUCACAGACAGAGCUGCAAACCCUACCACUAAUGCCCAGAACUCCACUCUGAAUGACUUCCAGGGCAGUGCCUCAUCUAGCAUUGUGUGCAUAGUUUAAUUGUGCCUUUAGUUAAAGUUUGUGUUUUAUUUUGUGCAGCAAUCUGAAAAUACUUCAGAAUUUUCCAGCCACAACUGAUAGAAGAUGCCAUCUUCAAGCCUUUUACAAGUCAUUUAGUCUUUCAUUACUUCAGUUGCUCUGUUUUCUAUCCUCAGAACAACAGUCAGAAAGAUGCCUUAAGACUCUCUAUUGAAUUAUUUUAUCUUCAUGGCUGCUUUUAUUGAAUGGCCAAAAUACUGGGAGUUGAGAGUUUUGUGUUAAUCUGGAAAUGGAAAAAAAAUAAUUCUUGAGGCAGUGCUGGAUUACUUGGUCUGAACUUCUGUUUAAUGAGAGAAUUCCAAAAGGAAUAUCAAGGUCAUGGUAUAUGGGAAUGGCUGUCUUGUAUUGUAAAUGCCUUUUUUUGCUGCUUGAUUUGUUACGUUGGAGCAAGCAAUUCGUAGAGGGUCAUCUGAUGGUUGUCAAACUGUGCUCUACUGGAUUACUGAAGAAAAGCUUCCUGUUUUGAGAUUGAGAUUCCGUCUAUCAGUUGCAGAAUUCAGCAAGGAUGGAAUUGUUCUGUGAAUGGCUCUCUUAUCUGGCUUGCACUUAGCUCCAGGUCAAGCAUCUGUCUCUGAAGUGCAGUCCUCGCUCAGUUUUUGUAUAGCUCUGUUCUGCUGAAUUGGUUAGAAAAUUUUGGUUUGAUGCUUGCAGAGCUUGUAGGAUUCAAACUAUUCUUUUAGACAAAUCAUCUUCCCCUUUAAUUCCCACUCUCCCAGUAGUGACUUAUCUAAAAGUAUCUCAAAAGAAGUUACCCUUUCUUUUGUUGAUUCCUUUGCUUUGCAUGAGAUAAGGUGCUGAACUAGUAGUCUGCUUGCCAAAAGGCAAAGGAGCUCUUGGGUUUGCAAUACAGAGACAGAGGGCAGGUCUAGGUAUAUUAAAAUAUUAUUUUAUACAUCUGCACUGCUGUGCAUUUUGAGAUUUUUUUUUUGCCACUUUCCAUAGGCAUUGGCACUGUUUCCACUCAAAUUAUGGCCCAGCCUGUUGCUGCACCUCAGAGAAGCCUGCAGGGCUGCACAAGAGGUGAAAUGUUCCAAAUUGUAUGUGACCAUACUUCUGACUACUGUGAUGUGACUGUCAGCAUUCCCCACAUUUGCUGCAGACCUGCCUUUGCUGCCCUUUGUAUAUCAAUGAAAUUAUGCCAAAUCUGGUCUCUCCUUCUUUAAUCCUAGUCCUGCCUCAGUGCCAUAUCUCAGUUCUGUCUCAGCUUCUCGCUCAGUCCAUUGGGCAGGAUUGUCACUCCUUCACGUUGUACUGUAAAGGCAUUACAUGGGAUUACAUGUUUUGUGGUAGAGUUAAUAAAGAUUACCAUAUAUAAUUUUUAUGACUAUUUUAGUAACCUAAUCCAAGGACCACAAUCAAGAAAAUGAUUCCUCAUUAUCCAGUGAAACUACGAGUCAACUGAAGCCAAGGCCAUACUAGAGCUGCUCUUGAAAAAGCAUUCUCCUGAAAGCAUUCUUGGUUUCAUAAUAAAGGUAAAAAAUCAGAUGUUUAACAGAAUGAAACUUGUUGAUUCAGAACAUGAACUAGCCUUGAAGUAUCUGUUAGCAAAUAGCUGUGUAAUCCCUAGUUGUGAGGACAGUAGAUGGAGGUUAGUAGAGGUUUCUGGCACUGGAAUAUGCAGCUGCUGUUCCACUUGUUUUUUGAAAAAGACAAUGGAUUUCAUCUCCAAGAAUUACUUGAGCUCUGCAGGUCACUAAAUCUAAGACCCAGACCAUAACUAGCAAGAAAAAUUUCUUUCUAGCUGAUACAGAUUUCUGUGUUUUCAGUGGGCACCUUGUAUUCAGCAGCAGCCAUCUUUGCUCAUGUUCAUCUCCUAGGGGGCAGUAAAUUGGCAAGAAUUCAGCAGUGAAAUUGUUGGUGUUUCCCCAGAUCUGUUUUAUUAGCUUCCUGCUCAUUCAUAACAUCUAUCCCAAACCUGAAGCUGAGCAGUUUAGAAGUGUGAGGUCAGUCAUAUUUUUUUCCUUGGAUUUUCUGACAGGCUUAUCUAAUUUGGUUAGGACAGGCAGGCAAGCUUCCUUGUCAUCAGUCAGAGGGUAGAAUGGCAGUUGAAUUCAUAUUAGAGCGCCUGUGAAGGGCUACUGCAGUCAGAGAAAAGGGAUUCUUCUCUUUUCCUUGCUUGACAUGUCUGAAAUACUUCUUAGCUCAUAAUUUUUGCCAAGGUGCUCAGGUUCAUCAAGAAAUGGUUUGUUGGUAGACUUGUCUAAUCUGGUUUAAAUUUAUAUAAACACAUGCUUUUUCAAUUUUCUGAUCUAAAGGGGUUUUAAGUUUAAUUUACUCUGGUAUCACUCUCAGUGAUAGUAAUAGCAGCAGCUCUCAGGGUGUCACAGGCUGUGUGCACAUACCUGCUGUAUGUUCAGGUUCCCAAACAAUCUCUGCUUUGGCUAUUUUUAUCUUUAUUUUUUCCUUACCUCUAAGUAUAGAAUAGGGUGGAAAACCAGAAGAUGCUGUCUAGACUUUUAUCAUCUCAGAUGCUUCUGGGUUGCAUUGCAUACAUUUACUGCUCAUGUACAGAUCAACAAUGUAGGUGCAGGAAAUCCAGUACUACUAAAAAAGCUUCCUGUGACUGCUUGAAUAGAAAAUAUGUAUCAAUUUAUAUCCCAAAAAUUCUACAGCAAAAUGAUUGUACACUCUGCUCACUUGCACAUCCCAGUUGACAAAAACAGUCUCCCAAAUCAGGACCUUCUUUUCAAUUCCUGGCCUUCCUUAGUCUUGGCUGGGUAGUGGAUACUUUAUGUUCUGAUUCCCCACCUAGUGCCUACUACUGCUUCGUGCCAGUUUCUUUUACUACUAGGGGUACAUGUACUAUGUGUUCUAGGUUUCAGAUCAAGUAUCCUUUGAACUUAUGAGCAAGAGUCCCAGGUCUCUUUUGAAGGUUUUCUGAGCUGGUGUAAUUGGCUUCUGUAGUUUCACUCAAUCUUUGAGUUUGUCAGAAAGACCCCAGACAGCAAUCAGCAGCUCAUUAUGGUUCACUGGUCUCAAUCCUUUGUGUCAGAGGGGCAGCUAACUGUGUUUGACAUGAAGGGAAGGUGAAAGUGGCUUUGUUGUUUCCUUAGUUUUUAUUUUAUAUUUUAGAGCCUUGGAAUGUGAAAUAAACUAUGUGCUUGGACCUUGACCAGACAGGCUCUGCAGAGCAAUGAGAAAAGAAAGACUGAAAUAGUCAAAAGAUGUGCCAGGGUGAUUCUUACAGGGAUAGAAGGGUGAGCACUUGAUGGGACAGUCUUGCUUUUUUGCAAGACUCUUGAGCUAGACUAGGGUGGACUUAGCAUGGGUGUUGCAGUUGGGGCUGUUGGGAGAGAGUUAACUAUGUAUGGGCUUGCAGCUAGAAGUAAGGACAAGAGAAUUUCCUGGGAUGUUGGUAGCUAACAUCAAGUUUUUAUAAGAAUAAAAAUCAUCUCUAUGUUACAUUUGUGUUGUCUUGUAGUUCUGGGUUGAUGGUAGUUUUAUUCUCUUCCAAAUUGUUUUUUCAAGCUCCCUGCAAGUUUCUUGCAAAGUGGAGGCUACCUGACUGCUCUCCAGUGCUGCAUUUGCCAAGUGUUCAGAGCCUAUUUGUUUGCACAGCAUCUAGGUGUAAGGUGAUUUGGAGGCUCUGCUACGCUGAUGCCUCUGGAGGAAAUGAAGGGAGAAAGCAGCAAGCACUGAGGGUUACACAGUAGGUCCUCAGUUCAGUCUGAGCAAACUGCACUGACCUUAGCACCUCCCUGGCUGAGCACUACAGGAGUGCCAGAGCAGCCCAACAGCCCUGACUCCAGCCAUCUACUAGCAUACCCACAUGUCUGUUCCUUGAUCCCCACAGUGCUUGUUCUCUAUUCUCUUUACCUUAAUGCCUGAAUUAAUUCAAUUUCUUUAUUGAGGUAGAGAAGGAAUUGAGGGUGGGUUCAAUGAUUUUUCUGUAAUCUCUGCUUACGUUGCCUCAGCAGCUCUGUCAUGCUGAUUCUACCUGUGGUUCAUGAGAGAGGCAGCAUUUCUGAGAGCCCUGAAUUUGGGGUUUAUUGCUUCCUGCUCAGAGGAGGUUUGAGGAGGGCAGGUGAAAAACAGAACUACUGCCUGGGUAGCUGUACAUUUUUACAAGUCACCCUGUUUCCAGUUUGUGCAUGUUCUUCUCCCUCUGCAUCCAUGCAUAUUUGUGCCUGUAUUUCCUGCCUUAACAACCUCUUACCUGUAGUUGUUUGGUUUUUUUUUUUUUUCCAUGCACAUCUCCCAGAGUCACCAGUGACAACUCGUUAAGUGUGGAAGUGAAUUGGCUGACUUCAGAAAUACAUGGCUCACCUUGUAUUUUUUUUUUUCUAUGUAUAUAUUGGUCACACUAAGGAAAAUUGUCAGGGCCAAUUGCUCUCCUUCCUGCUUGGAAGUCGCUCUGGGCCUCAGCACCAUGGGUUGGCACAGUCCUCAAGGAUCCCUGCUUCCCACAGCUAGGCCUUGGCUCUGUCUGCCUGGAGCCUGCAGGAGAGGGAAGGCGGAAAGCUCGUGACUUGCCCAGACAGUCUGAGGCCUGGCCCUGCAGCCUCGGCUCCCCAGACGCUGUUGAGUCGGACUUGGCUGGCAGCCGCCGCGCUGUUCCUUUGCCGAGGUAAUAAGUGAGAUUAAUCACGGGACCCUUUCCAGAGGCAAGGGAGGUUUGUGCUGCGUGCAGGGAGACCGUAGGAGCCGGUGCUGGGAGCUGGAGGCAAAAACUGAGGCCUCACGGCAGGGCAGAGCAGGGCACCGGUGAAGCUGUGCGAGUGCGGCCUCUCUGCUCAGCUGCUGCUGGGAAGCGCUGCUGGAGCUGCAGCCUGCUGCCUCCCCUGGAUGGGCCCUGGCUGAGCACAGGGGCUCAGCCGCUGCAUUACCUUUGUCUGCUGGCAUUGGACAAUUAGAUUUUCUUCAAAUAACUCUCAAAAUGUGAGGUGGACCAAGCUUCUUUUUGACUGUGUGACUUCCAGAGGAGAUAAGAGGAUCUUUCCUACCAUUCCCUACAGCAUACUGUGGAGAGCAAGCAGCCUGUGUUGAUAGGUGGAGGGGAGUGACAGGAGUCUCUCACCUUCUCCCAAAACAAUACUACAUAAUGAUUUUGAGUUUCCUCUUUUCAGCUGUCUCCAUAAACUGACCUUACCCUGAUGCAAACACCAGAUUUGCUAUCCUAGACUGGGCUGCUAAUCUCUUCAAUUCUUCUGCUCCUUCAGAGCAACUAUCUCCAGCAUCAUCAGUACAAAAAAUGUUCUGAUGAGUAGCAGGGAAAUUCCCUUUCUGAGGGGAAGAUAAAUUUUUGCCCUCUAACUGCUAACAGCUGGCAGUUCUUGCAAUACUUUGUUCUGCAUAGUCUAGUGUGGAUAUUGUCAUUAAUCAUAUAUUUUACCUUCUGCAAAAAAUGUAGUCCCAUUGAGUUGUAGCAAUGAGUUCCAUGGGUGGUGCAUAUUAUGCAAAAUUUUCCUUUUUUAAUUUUCUCCCAGAUUUUGCCAAAAGUCUAUGUACCUGUAACAAGAUCACAUGAAAGCAAACAGAAAUGCUUGAUUUCUUUUCUGCCCUAUUUAUUCUCUAUCUUUUUUAUCAUCUCCCUUCUUGUUUGUCUCUCCUAAACUAAACAGUUCCAUUUUUUUCAACUUCUAAAUGGAAAUCUUCCUGGCCCUCUAAUAAUUGUCUGGCUAUCUUUACAGAGAUGACAAGAGAUGAAAACGGUACAUCAAGAAGGGGUAAAAUAUUAGUUUUAUGUAAAUAACACUAGGGUGUCUUUAAUUUCUCAACUUGCAUAUAGGAGUAUCUUGUUAGUUUCUGACCAUGCUAAAACACUGAGCUUUUUAUUAAUAUGCUGUUGUUUUUCUUUGAUUAUUACAGUAAAUGUUGAACUGAGCAACACCUAUAAGUAAUUAAUUUUUUAAGGAAUUUUUUUUCUUUCCCCAUUCCUUGCUAGGCAAUUCUUCUUUUCCUGCAUUGGUGGAUUUUGUUGGCUGUGGUAGAAGUUGCUGGAUCUUUUCUGUUCUGUUAAGCACCUAAUUCAGUAUGGAACAAGUUGAAAUCUUCUAGUGUCUUGCACUACUUGACUCAAAAUGUUCCCCCAGUUUUCCCUGAUCUCAGAAGUUUUUGAAAUACACUGUAUCAGUUCUAGAUAUUUCAUGUUGCAAAGUGACCAGCGCAUCUUCCUUUCCUCUGUAUUUAUUUAAACCUCCCAUUCACCAUUAAAAUAGUUAUUUUCCAGAGUGGUUUUCAGAGGGUUAAUGUGCCUAUAGCUCUCAUUGGAGAGAUCUACUCUGUUCCUAACGUUCUUGUAGGAAUGAGGGGACCCUAUAUUCUGGUGCUCUGUAGGAGUGGCUCUGGCUACAGCAGUCCUCCUCUCUAAAGGAGUUCUGAAAGGGUUACAAGGGAGCCUUGGCUGUUUCUUUGAGCUAUUUGGAAAGGACUGGCCUCAGACAGCUUGGCAGGAACCUGAGGCCCUGUUUUUUCCAGCCCAGCCCUUCCUUCUGCACAGAGCUGUCAGGGAAUCCCACGAAUGUCUGGUUUUUCCCCCUUUCCUAAUUCUUUUAACAAUAUUUUUAUCCAUCUGUGACUCUUCCUCACACAAGGAUCUCAAAUUUUGUCCAUUGAUUUGCCUUUCACAUAGUGAAGCAUAAAUGAAAGCUGGGCUACCGUGCCAUAGCUGUUUGAAUUGGUUCACAGUUGUGCAGCUGAGAAGGGCAUUGGGAAAUUUCCCAGAAGAAUGUCCUUUCUGGCAUUGAUCUUAGGGCAGGUCCAUCUGGCCUAAGAACAGAGGGAUUGAAUGGGCCCAUCUUUGAACUGUGCUAUUCCUGUGUGUUACAGUGAGGCACUCUGAAAUCUUGGGGCUGCAUGUUCUGCAUCCUCCCUAUCAGACAUAGAGAAUGCUGUUUUGUGAAAAUAGAAAUCUCCUUUGUAAGCCAGGCUUAUGAAAGACAAGAUAGGGUUAGUGACUUUUCCUUCAUUUGCCUCAUACUGUCCGGGACUGCCCUGAAGUUGAACUCAUUGUGAUUAUUUUGGAGAUUACCAAGUCUGCCCUGUACCUUUUCACUUUGAGUAAAUGGAGGUGUAGUGGGUAGUGUGAGAAGGGAAGUUUGGUUACUCGUGGGAGCAAAGGUCUUGAACAGCUGUGUUGAAGAUAUUGGUGUUGUACAGCUGAGGAAGAGAAAUUGAAUUUGGGUUGUCUUGCUAUCUCAGUAGGCCUGUCCAGUGCUGGGAGUAGGGUGUGAUCUGAGUUCCAUGUAGAAAGACUUCCAGAAGGCAGCCCUCCUGUGAGCCAGUCCCUGGACAACCCUACAAAGUCAGCAGCCAAAGGGUUUGGAAUCAAGCUCAGUUGAGUUAAGGGUUUCAGUGAUCAAGUACGAAUGCCAGAGCAGGAGGUAGCAAAAGGGGCCAAAGGGUUUUCCUUCCUACUAGGCUUUGUUUUGGAGCUAUCUUCCAUUAUACAGUGAACUUUCCACCAGCAAUGCACAUUCAUAUUUUCUAUCCAGACCAAGGUCGUGCUUUAGCUUGGCCUCCUCAGGACGAACAGUCUUCUUUUUGGUGUUUCAUACUGUGGUAUGAAUGGGAAAUCCCUGCAAAAGCACAAAGAAGCCCCUUUCCUGUCCCUGAAAGUGUUAGUUGGCCUUUUCUGUGAAGAUUCUGCUUUCACCUAAUUUCCCCUAACUUUGUGAUUGGUUAAGUUUUGUAGCUGACACCAGAGUUUGGGAAUUGUAUGCUGUUUGCUCUAUGUCAACUUGUUAUUCUCUAGGGUUUCUCUGAGCUGCAGGUAUCAAGCAGCAGCUGUUCAUGAACCAUGCAGAGAUCCAGUAUUUAACAAGAAUAUCUUUUGAAAAAGGGGAAGGGAGAAAUGUGAAAAAGUCAUGGUUGCUUCAGUUCCUCUGUGUAUAUGGUGACAGCUUUCCUUGGUGAUCCUGUUCAGUAGGUCCUAGGGGUGGGUGUGUUUUACAACCUGAAGAAGAUGCAGCAACCAGAACUCCACUGUGGAGCACCAACUUUUUGUGUAGAGAGUAGUGUGGCUUAUAAUAAUGAGUAACAUUUUUGGUUACUAGUACUUUUUUAGUGUCUACCUAACACUGGAUGCUAUCAGCCAUUGAGUAGUUUGACCAAAAUGCUCUGGAUAAGAGAACUUUGGUUGGUAAUGAGCAAGAAAGCUCACUCAAAAAAGCUUGUUACUGGAUUGUCCAGAACCAGUGCCAAUUACAAGAAUUUCUAAAUGCUGUGUUAGGGCUGGACUGUGCAGUGUCAGGAUGGAAAUGUCAAGAAUCCUUUAUUACAAGCAGUUAUUUUUAGGAUUUAAUUCUGUAACAAUAGUUGAAAGAUACAUUCUUAUAAAAAGAAAAGGCAGGAGAGAGUGAGCAAAAAAAGCUAGGUAGUGCUAAAAGAUACCAGUUUCCAGACACCCUCCUAUUGCACACAUGGCAUUUUUAUGAAUAUUUCUUAUCCAAGAACUGUUCACAGCAAACCAGGUGGGGAGAUGCCAGGCCAGCCUGGCUGAUUCAAAUCUAUUUAGAAUUGGCAUUGAGACAACAACCUUUAGUGAAAGGAAUUUAAAACUAAGAGAGCUGUGCUGGAAGGUUGGGCAUGUGAACACGCUCCCCAGGGAAGUGGGGAGCCUGCCAGAGUGUUUGAACAAUACUCUUGGGCACACAGUGUUACUCUUGGGGUGUCCUAUGCACAGCCAGGAUUUGGAUGUCAGUGCUCCUUGUGGAUCCCUUCCAACUCAGGCCAUUCUAUGAUUCUGUGUUGCUUGGCUUCUUUGCUUGAAUUUCAGAUUGCAUCUGGCUCAGUACAUGUCUUCCACUCCCCUUUCUAUCUUUCUGUUCUCUGGCACAUGGGGCUUGACUGAAAAGUUAGUCAAAGAAGAUCUGGCGGUGCUGCACAUGCUAUUGGCAGUUGUCUGUCAGGGAUGCUUUGCCUGGGCAAGAUUCAUCCUUUAAAGCAAGAGGGCUGUGGCUUUCUUGGUCCAAACUUUUCAUAUGCAUAAAGAUGUCUAUAUUUGCUUGCUGCUGGAAAAAAAAUUAGAAUCUUCUCUGUGAAAAAGGCAGCCAAGUUGGGUCAUGAAUGUCUUCAAUGCUGGAAAUUUGAGUUUUCUCAAAAUUCAGCUGAGAAAAUUUUCAUGUUUGGUAGACUAUCUAAAAAGGAGGAGGAAAUCUCAAGUCUGGACCAUCUGUUUCUUUUUUUGAUAUUGGGAUAAAGGUGCUGGUCGAUAA